AUGGCCGUUGCCAAUGCCGCUAUAAAUAUUAUAGUGCUGGGAGUUUCUGGUCUUUUGUCAAUCCCAGCACUCACGAAUUUCUUCGCCAAGCCAGAACCAGAGAAGAUCACUGUAAAUAUUGGCAUAGGAGCUACAAACAGUAGCGUUGCUGUUCCUGGUGGUUCCAAUGGCCCAGGGGGCAACACUCCACACGUCGAGCUUUACGACGUAAAUGGACACAGUAUGGGCAGAGCGGUCUCGGAUGUUGUUGUCGUCGACGGCGGAACUGUGGGUGUUACAAUCAGCGGGCAAGAAGGAUCUGUAGCAUCUGAAACGCCGGUAUAUAUAUCCUUGGAGGCAGGUGGUAGCGACGAGGUCUGCAUAUCCUGGUUCACAACAACCUCGGGCAGUUCUGAUGGGGCCGACUUCCGAAGCUGGAAUGGAGUGACGGCGAAAGCUUGCAAUCUGCCAUGGUAUCCAAGUACGGCCGCCUUCCCUGGGGUCUCAGUCCCAUUUCAACCACCAUGCUUCUGGAUGAGUAACGACGGCCGCUUCGUAGACGCUUUUAGUGCUCGACUCACCGAUUUCUUCUUUCCUGGGAGUUCAGGCCCCGCAAACGCUACCGCAACACAAUGGUCGAAGUUUCCUGAAACGUUGUGUCACGCUCCGGGACGCCAGCAAUUCUACAAGAACCCAGGCGUGUGUAUCCCCUUCUAUCCAUCAGGCUUGGCUGCUGUUAAUCAGAAGGAUCCCAACACUGGGUUCGACGUUGACUUCAACGCAAUCCAGUCGUCCUUCACUCAGACCUGCUCCAUCGCGGGGAUUCCAUUCAACUGCGAAGUCGAUCUCGCCCGUGGCGUGGAGGGCGCGAAUCAUGGUUGUACUGCCACCAACGGAAUCAUCGAUGACCCGGACCUCACACUUCCUGCAAGCAUUACUAGUCAGCUCAAGAGCAGUCUUGUGUUCAAUCUAGGCCCCCCACCAUCCCCACCAGUAGAUGGCGCAGGAGCCUUUGGUGGUGUAGUUGGAACGAUAACUGCAGAUACACCUCCACCACAGACAUCGGAUGGCGUGGGAGCCUUUGGUGGUGUAGUUGGAACGAUAGCUGCAGAUACACCUCCACCACAGACAUCGAUUGGCGUGGGAGCCUUUGGGGGUGUAGUUGGGCAAAUACCAGCUAGAGCCCGGCGUGCUGCCGAUCGUGCCUCUAUAUUACAACGACGUGCGAAUGCAGACAUGGAGACACUUUUGACGGUCAAUAGCGAGCAGCCUGCCAUCACGGCGGCACCCACAAUGCCACCCAAGAAACAACGGAAACAACGUGCGGCUCCUGCUCCUGCUCCUAUGCCGAAACCCGUUGUAAAGAGACACGCGCCCGUCCUCGACCGCCACGUUGAGAAGCGUGCCGAGCAACCACACAGGUGGUGUCAGGAAGGCCAGCUCGUUAUUAGCGAGCAUUCUGGACACAGCGCUGCCGAGGUCUGUGAGAGUAAAACCUCCUGGGGCCCGGACUUUAUCUCCGUGGUCGAGGGCAUAUACUGUGAUAUGUGCGAACGUCGCUCAUAUCCUCUGUGCAACAACAAAGUUGUUCGUGCUGGAGGCGGAAGUGCAAAUGGUACCUGCUUUCACAUGGAAUCGAAGCAGCUGAGGGCGACAUCAGGCCGUCAUAGUGAACGGAGUGUCCCUGUGAAGAGGUACCAUAAUGUGAGAUAUUGGAAAUGA